GAGACAGAGGCAAAGUUUUCUUUUCAUUUUCAUCUCUCUCUACAAAAAUACAAAUUCCUUCCAUCACCAAUUCUUAUAAAUAAAUAUCAGAGACUAAGAUCUAAGUGCCUCUUUUCCUAAUUAUCUCAAAAAUAUUCUAAAAAAUGGCAUUGGGUGGAGGUGGUCCUCAGAGAGGUUCUAAUGCAGCAGCCGCUGCCAAUCUACGACGUAGGAGGGCAACUAGUGGUGGAGCCGCUGCUGGAGGAGCCGGUGGUACUAUGCUCCAAUUCUAUACUGAUGAUUCACCAGGACUCAAGAUUUCUCCUAAUGUUGUGCUUGUUAUGAGCAUUGGUUUCAUUGCUUUUGUUGCUGUCCUUCAUGUCAUGGGUAAGCUCUACUUUGUCCGCAGAGAAGGAUAGGAGAAUUUUGAUAUCUGGGUUGCAACUGAUUGAGAAUUCCUUUAAGACAGACAGAGUUAUUAGAUUUACCUUUCUUUAUUUUCCUUGUACCGUAAUGGAUUUAUACAGAAUUUCCCGUUUCGAGUAACUGGUUUUUGUAAGUUGUUCCAACAUCUAGAAAGGAAUUGCCGGACCAAA